AUGUGAUGAUAGUCAUAUUCUAAGACUUUAACAUUAAAGUCUCCUCCUUAUACUUCCCAUCACCAUUCACACACAUUAUUAUAAAAAAAUAAAUUUCUCAAAUUCAGAUCCAUUUCAAGCCUUUAAAUCAUCAACCAAAAACCAUAUAGAAUUCAGUACAUUAUGGCUCUAUUUGUUGUAACUCAACACUUUGCUAACAUACUUUUAAUACUCUUACUACUUUCUUCAUUCAUUUCUGCUCAUACUCAAAACAAUGCUUCAUCAACAACAAGAAGAAGAAUAUUGAAACUACACAUUGAUGAUAAUCCUCAACCAAUUAAGAAAAAAUCCAUUGCAAUCAUUGAUGAUGAUAAGAAUCCUCAACCAAUCAACAAGAAAUCCUAUUCAAAUUCACUUUCCACUUCCAACAAUCAAACCAAACUCACUAAUGCCUCUUCCAAGAACCAAACCAAGCUUGUAAAAACUAAACUUUCUUUAUCUGAUUCAGUUUCUGUUUCAACCAAGAACAAAAUCAAACUCACCCCAGAAGAGAAACUUGCACUAAAAUCCCAAUUGAAAAAACUCAAUUCCACUUCCACCAAAUCCUCAGAUCUAUACAAAACCACCACAAAGAAACUCAAUGAAUCCAAAUCCAAAAACUCAACAAAAUCCCAAUCAUCUACCAGGAAGAAGGAUUCAAAUUCACAACCCUAUUGGUUACUAAAUGACGAAGAUGAUUUAACCACUGGUCUUACGGACUUACCAUCUAAAUUCCAAGAAACCCUUUUACCAGAUUUAGAAAAAAUAUCAAAAACCUCAACUGUCUACCUCAACAAAGCCAACAAACAUAUCACCAACAACUUCAAACCCAUUGUGGGCAAAAAAUAUGCAUCCACAAUAGCCUCCAUAACUUCAUUUACCUUCAUUCUAAUCCCUCUAAUUCUUGUUUCUCUCAUUUUCAACAAAAUCAAAGCUUAUUUUUCACUCCAAAGACUCUUAAUCUUCACCCAAGUUUAUCUCUCCAUUUACUUCUCCAUUCUCUGUCUCUCUUCUCUACUCACUGGGUUAGAACCACUGAAGUUUUUCUACGCUACAUCGCAGUCCACCUACAUUUGUCUACAGCUCCUUCAAACCCUUGCUUAUGUGUUGUACCUUCUGAUGCUACUGAUGUACCUCGUCUUGGUAUUUUCUACUAAUACUGGGCCGGUUACGAAAAUGAUUGGGCUGACCCAAACUUUUGUGGGCUUUGCUGUUGGGCUUCAUUAUUAUAUGACGGUGUUUCAUAACGCUCUGUUACGUCAGCCUCCUAAGACUAGUUGGAGGAUUCAUGCUAUUUAUGCCACGUGUUUUCUUUUGAUUUGUCUAUUAAAUAGAGCUGAAAAAAGGAAGAAAACUUACUUACAAGAAGGUGGUGAAGAGGGUAAAAUGAACUAGAAGUAAUUUUGUUUGUUUUAUAAUUACUUAGAUUAGGAAGUGAGAUGAGAUAAAAAAAAAAAUAGAAGGAAAAAAACAUUGUUUCUUCUAUAUUGCAAUUUGUAAUUUAUGAGGGUUUUGUUAUAUAUAUUUGAAUAAAUGAUGCAAUUAUAGUAA